AUGAGCAAGUACAUUGAACGGUAUGUGUUUUAUGCUAAAGCUAACUGUUUUGUAAGCUUUUCCAGCUUUACUGUAACUUUUUGUUAGAAGUAGUAGUUGAAAAUAAUUUUACUGAUAAUUUGUAACAUUUGGUGGAUAAUAUACAUUUUUAGGAUCACACAUAUAGAGAAUCUGUUGCUGAUACAGAACCUUGUCAUAGACACGAAUGCUCUUCGAGAAGCCUGUUCUUUCGGAAUUCCUGAUCUGUUACGGCCGUUGUGCUGGAGGUUAUUCUUGGGAUACCUGCCAAAAGAACGACAGGAAUGGCACGCUGGUUUGAAGAAGCAAAGAGAAGACUACGUUUCCUUGGUCGGGAAUCUGAUAGAGGCUCACAUUGAGUGUUCUGAAGAAGGUCCGGUCGAUCACGUAAGUGUUUUGAACAUUUUCAGUUAUAAAAAAAGGUUAAAAUUUUACUUCAUAUGUUGUUACGGUACACACUGUUUUUCUUUAUUUUUAUUUCCUAAAUUUUUGUUUUAGCCAUUGUCCGAUGGAGAACACAGUCAAUGGGCCAAGUUCUUUGCUGACAACGACGUCUUGAUUCAGAUCGACAAAGAUGUGCGACGAUUACGACCAGAAAUAGACUUUUUUCAAAGAACAACAAACUAUCCAAUGAAGUAAGUCAUUUUAAAGGCGUAUUUUAAGUAUUAAUCUGAACCUACAUUAUUUUAAUGUUCAAUUUAAAUUAUUGUGAUGCUUUAGAGAGGCUCAGAAGUUGUCGAAGCGACUAAACACACUCGACAACGAUGAUGAACCUGUUAGGAUAGUUGAUGGAGAAUAUCAUUGGCAAGUCGUUGAAAGAAUAUUGUUUGUGUACUCCAAAGUCAAUCCUGGCAUCAAAUACGUCCAGGUAAUACGAAUCCCUUUAUUAAAACAGUUUCAAAGAAUUUUUGCCUGAAAGGCUUUGUUUGACAAAAUUUUACUUCAGGGCAUGAACGAGAUCAUCGGACCUUUGUACUACGUGUUCGCUUCAGACCCAGACAAGGAAUGGGCCGAGUGUGCCGAAGCCGACACUUUCUACUGCUUCCAGCUUCUGAUGUCGGAAAUCAAGGACAACUUCAUCAAGUCGUUGGAUAGCAGUUCCUGUGGCAUCGAAUGGACUUUGGCCCAUUUCUCUCAACUGUUUCAAAGUGUGGAUCCAGAACUUUAUGAUCAUAUUGUACUUAAACUGGACGUGAAACCUCAAUUUUACGCAUUUAGAUGGUUAUCUCUGCUCCUGUCACAAGAAUAUUCUCUACCAGACCUAAUCAACAUUUGGGACAGCGUAUUCUCAGCCCAUAACAGGGUGGAGGAGACGGAGUAUAUCUGUGUGGCCAUGUUGUGUCAGUUCAGAACUGAACUUCUGAACGGCGAUUUUAGCCAAGUUGUGAAGUUCUUACAAGUAAGUAGUGAUAUUGUAUCUUUGGUUUAAAAGUUUAUGGAAAACUGAAAAAAUACGGUUUUAAUGAAAUCUGUUUCAGAAUUACCCAGUGAUCGACACGAACCAGUUGAUUAACUUGUCUUGGGAGAUCAAGAACAAGCAGAAGAGUAACAACAACAACAAUGGCCAUAAAAGCACAGGAAAGUUCUGGAACAAAGAACGAUUCUCGGCCAUCGUCAGUGGGGCAAAGGAACGCAUCUCCAACUACGCCAAUGUAAAAAGAUCGACCAACCGAAGUGACGGAUCCAUAAAAUACCGUCAUUCCCCGUCAGAGUAA